AUGCCGCGGUGUCGCUUGCCUUGGUCCGAGGAUGUGGAGUGGAGUCCCGAAGUUGCCCAGCAACGUUUCCAACAAGUCCUUGAGCGAGUAAGCAAAUAUGACCCGACGGAAGAAUCGCAUAAACAAUAUGAAGAAAUAUUCAAAGGACUGACUGAAAAGGCUGACGAUAUUUUGCCGGACCGUAUUAUGAUGGUGCUCGGUCGAGCACCACCUGGGCCGAUCCAUAUCUAUUUGUUCAACUGGCUCUGUGCUUACAUUGGCAAAUUUUUACUGGUGAAACAUUACGGCGCUCGUCCUGCCGGAUGGAAUGAUAGAAUCAGAUGGUAUCGCCAUUAUGACAUGUUAAGGGAUUACGUCGAGGAAGCAUUAACAACACCCACAUGGAUGGAGCUCCAAUAG